UGUGGGUACAUUAAAAAUAAAUGUACAUUAAAUGUAGUUUGUUUUAAAUUUUAGAAGCCAAUCAAUUUUUGGCCAUAAUGGUUGACGAAUUAGAGAGUAUAUUAGAUAUUGGACCAUAUAGAUUGGAAAUUGAUGAUGGGAGUACAUUGGAAAGCCUUAUAAACACGAUGAGAGAAUUUGUUGCUUGGUCUAUAAAAUGUUUAAUCAGAAGUCGUAUAUUAGGAUCUGAGCAGGAUGUUUUGUCGUUACCCAACUGUCGUUUGCUUGGAUUGUACUGGAGUACACAAUCUCCAAAUUCAUACAUAGUAGAAGUUAACGUUGAUUCAACUGCCGGUACAUGUAUCUUAAAGAAUGUACACGAUAUCGAAAAGAAAUACAGUAAAAUCGAAGGCACGUGGUCAGAAAUAUACGGAAUUGGCCAUGUACAAGAAUCACUCGAGCGACAGCUAGAACGUGGACAACCACUAGUUGCACCCACAUAAUAACCUAAUGUUAGAAAAACACUGACAUCUGUGUUCUGUUCUUUGCAUAAUAAAUUAUAAGUUAUCUUAUUGUUAUCACUAUAUACACUAUAAAAUCUGAAAUUAUACAUAUAUUUAAACUGACGGCAAAACAACCGUCUUUGGAUUUUUUCAAUCACAUAUUUCUUAUAAUACAUUUUUUUGUACAGUAAUUUCAUAUGUCUAUUUAUGUGUCAU